AUGCGGGUUUCUUUUCUUGCGACACUCUUCGGCCUCGCCAGUGCGAGAGUAUUGAAUUAUAAGCCUGAUUAUGAGAAGCUGUCUGCUCGACAGGAUGCUACUGCUGAGUAUGAGGGAUACAUGUUUGCCUACUUUACCGGUAACGAUAUUGCGGGAGAGAAGAUCUACUUUGCUGCCAGCAAUGGGAAUAAUGCACUUGAUUGGACUGAACUGAAUGGAGGUCAACCUGCUCUUACUUCGACCAAAGGUACCAAGGGAUUGAGGGAUCCAUUCAUCAUUCGAAGUCAUGAGGGCAACAAGUUCUUCUUGAUCGCUACAGAUUUGUCUAUCGGAAGUGGGACUUCUUGGGGCGAUUCGGUCAGGACAGGAAGUCGGUAUCUAGAGGUUUGGGAAUCAAACGACUUGGUCAACUGGUCUGAACAGCGUCACAUUUUGGUCUCGCCUCCAACUGCUGGGAAUACAUGGGCUCCAGAAGCCUACUACGACGAUGCUAUUGGAGCGUACGCUGUCUUUUGGGCUUCGUCCCUCUACGAGGAGAGUGAUACCAACCAUACUGGGGACACCUACCACCGGAUGAUGUACGCUACCACGCAAGACUUUGUCACUUUCACCGAGCCUCAAGUCUGGCAAGAUGCUGGUACUGCUCGCAUUGAUUCAACUGUCAUCAAGUCGGGAGAUGAAUACUACCGCUUCACCAAAGACGAGGGGGCUGUCUCUGGCUGUACCGACAUCAUCCAGGAGAGUUGCCCAGUCUUGCUUGACCAACUUCCUUCCUGGAAGAGCAUCGCAACAUGCAUUGGGAAAAAUGCCGGUACUCAAGCCAUUGAGGGACCUACCGCUUUCAAAUCCAACCCUGACGACGUCAGUGGAGAUAAAUUCUACCUUUUUGUGGAUGAGUAUGGUGGCCGUGGAUACAUUCCACUGGAGACCGCCGACAUCAGCAAGCCGGAUUGGAAAGUGUCGAGCUCGUACAAACUUCCUGCCAGUCCUCGUCAUGGGACUGUGAUGCCCAUCACAGCCGCUGAGCUUGCAACCAUCACUGGCGACCAGGCGAGGAAGCGGGAGAGUGCUCUGAUCCCCGGACUGUACGCAGACCCGAACAUCGUUGUGUUCGGUUGCGACUACUAUCUUUACGCCACAACAGAUGGCUUCUCUGGCUGGGGAGGGAACCAAUUCUACACUUGGAAAUCUACCAACCUUGUUGAUUGGCAACGAUCAGAGUCUGCUUUCCUCACUCUGAAUGGCACCGACGGGAACGUACCUUGGGCUACAGGAAACGCCUGGGCUCCGACCGCCAUUGAGCGUAAUGGAAAAUACUACUUUUACUUCAGCGGCCAGAACCCCACAUACGAUAGGAAAACCAUCGGUGUCGCAGUUGCAUCAUCUCCAGAAGGGCCAUUCACAGCAGAACCCACCGCAAUGAUCCUCAACAACGAAGCCGUAGUUUCCGGCCAAGCCAUCGACCCAGCCGCUUUCGUCGACCCCAAAACCGGAAAAUACUAUCUCUACUGGGGUAACGGCAACCCCGUAAUGGCAGAACUCGCCGAGGACAUGACAUCCCUAGUCCCCAACACGAUUCAAAAUAUCUCCGGUCUGACGGAUUUCCGCGAAGGCUCUUUCAUGGUUUACCGCGAACCAUUCUACCACAUGACAUACUCCAUCGACGACACCGGGAGUGAGAAUUACCGUGUCGGGUACGCGACUGCUCCAAGCGCUACUGGACCUUUUACAUACCGCGGAGUGGUGUUGAGUAAAGAUUCUGAGAAGGGGAUUUUGGCUACGGGACAUGAUUCCGUGGUUAAUAUUCCUGGGACUGAUGAGUGGUAUAUGGCUUAUCAUCGAUUUGCUAUUCCUGAGGGAGAUGGUACGAAUAGGGAGACGACGAUUGAUAAGGUGACUUUUGAUUCUGAGACGGGGUUCAUGGAGGUUGUUGUGCCGACUUUGAAUGGCGUUUCAAAGGCGGAGAUUGUGCCUAGUUGUGCAGUAGCUUGA